UAUUAACCCAUCAAAUUUAAGUAAUUGUAUUUUUGUCGAAAACUUUUUCCUCUCUAUGAGUAUUUAAAUUUGUGUAGCGAGUUGUUUACUUGUUUGAGUUCUUUCUCCCUUCCAAUUACUUUCUUCACUCUGCAGUUCUCACUGUCGGUCUCUCCCACUAACACAUAUUAUGUGCCAGCCAGGGCUAUAGGAAAGUUCAUCGACCCAACAUCGAUUAGACUGAGGCCCAAGAGUUGCAGCAGCUUACGUGAUUCGUGUUAGGUCAGCUUCUCAUUGAGUGAUGUCAAGUGACGUUGAAAACCCUCAAAAGAAUACAGUUCCCACUCCUGCUGUUAUUGAAUCAGAAUCAAAAUGGUAUAGUGGUUUACUUCAGCAAGUUUCGGUAUAUGGUAUAGCUGCUGGAUAUUGCUUAUCAGCCUCACUACUCUCCAUCAUCAACAAAUGGGCUGUUAUGAAAUUCCCUUACCCAGGCGCCUUGACUGCAUUACAGUAUUUCACCAGUGCAGCAGGUGUCCUCCUUUUUGGGUCCUUCAAGCUUUUAGAACAUGACCGUUUGGAUCUGAUGACAAUGUGGCGUUUCCUUCCAGCGGCAUUUAUAUUCUAUCUAUCCCUCUUCACAAACAGCGAGCUCCUCCUUCAUGCAAACGUUGAUACCUUUAUUGUUUUCCGAUCAGCUGUCCCAAUUUUUGUUGCCAUAGGAGAAACCCUAUACUUGCAUCAACCUUGGCCUUCACUAAAGACAUGGCUUUCACUUGGUACUAUAUUCGGUGGCAGUGUGCUCUAUGUCAUUACAGAUUACCAGUUUACCUUCAUGGCGUAUAGCUGGGCUUUGGCCUACUUAAUAAGCAUGUCCAUAGAUUUUGUCUACAUAAAGCAUGUGGUAAUGACUAUUGGGUUGAACACUUGGGGUCUCGUGUUGUACAACAAUCUUGAAGCUCUUCUACUUUUUCCACUGGAGCUUUUAAUAAUGGGAGAGCUAAAAAAGAUAAAACAUGAAAUCUCAGACGAGACAGAUUGGUAUUCUUUUGAUGUGAUGUUGCCUGUGGGGUUAUCUUGCUUAUUUGGUUUGGCAAUUUCUUUCUUUGGAUUUUCUUGUCGUAGGGCUAUAUCUGCCACUGGUUUCACUGUGCUUGGUAUUGUGAACAAAUUGUUAACCGUUGUGAUCAAUUUGAUGAUUUGGGAUAAACACUCGUCGUUUAUUGGAACAAUUGGGCUUUUGAUUUGUAUGUUUGGUGGGGUGUUGUACCAGCAGUCCACUAGCAAGCCCAAGCCUGCAACUGUCAAAGAAAUAGACACACAAGAGGACCAAGAAGAGGAACAACAAAAACUCCUUCAAAUGCAAAGUUUCACCGAAAGCAAUGAUCAUGAGAAACAAGUUACUGGCGAGGAAGCAAAAUGAGGGUAUUUCUCAAAAGUGCUGUUUCAUUACAUUGGUGUAUACAUGACAGUUGUUAGCUCACUUAAUCUCUCAUAGAAGGUAGAAGAUCCAUUCUUUAUUCCACCCAUGAAUGACACAUGUUUUUUUUGGAAGAUAUCAUAGAUGAAUGUUUUAGAACAGGGCUGUAUUUCUGUUACUAUUGUAGCCUUAUAGGUACACUGUUUAGGCUGUUUUUUUUUUUGUUUGACUCAAACCUCAAUAAGUGUUCAAAAGUAUAAGAUGGUGUUGAUAUUUUACGCACAUA